UUUACAUUAAUUCUCUUUCAUUCCUCUCUUCACCGUAUUUUGUCCUUCGGGCGCAGAGAAAUGCGCCGUGGGGAAACAAACGAAGACGGCAAAACAAAUGGAAGGCGAAUGUAUAUGGCACAGGUCGCGAAAAACAUUUGGAACAUGUUUGCGAUUCUCUUGUGAAGUAAAUUUCUCGUGAAACGAAACAGCAAACUCAACACUGGUACAGAGGAAAGACCCACGUGCAGCGCACGGCUCAUUAAAUGCUGAUCGUUUCUAGCGCGCGAUAAGGUUGCAAAUCAAAGAUCGAAAGAUGAAUGCUGGACAUUGUGCAGGAGUUAAGAAAUGAGACAAUGGCAUACUCCCAUCAAAAUCACGAGGCACCUCAAGGUGCCCAGGCAAGGCAGAAUGGGCAAUAUGAGAUUUCAGGAGAAAAGGCUGUAACUAAGACUGGCUUAGAUAUAUUAUAUACAUCUCGAAUAGAUCACAAUAUAUCUAAUGAAGAGGUGGAGCAGAAGAUUUCGUUGCUGAAACACUUACUGGAGAAGGAUCCGACAGCCGCCGAUUUAAAGUGGUCUCUCUUUGUGGCGGCAUCCAACACUUACCGUUAUGACAGUUGUUUAAAACCAUUUCCACCUAUGUACAUUAAGAACGAGUGCAAAAAUAUCGAAGCUCUGAGAAGAGCCAUAGAAUCAGUUCCACCUUUGCCCGUGAUGUGCAAAGAACUCGGCGAGGCUGGUGCUUAUGAGAAUUACCGCGAAACAAUAGAGUUAUUGUACUGGGUACUGCUACGAUUAAGAGAUCCCUAUAUCAAAAGCAUAAAGAAAGAAACUUACAAUUCCAUACUGAGGAAAGUGCCAUUGGAGGUGCCAGUUGCAGCCCCAAAUCUUAUAUUUCAAGUAGCAAGUGCAAAACAGUCCACGGCAGAAGAGAAGUGGAAGUCGAGUGCUCAAAGUUAUUCGACAUUUUACGCGUACCACGGUAGCCGUUUGGAAAACUUCCAUUCCAUCGUGCAUUACGGUCUACAACAAAACAUGUGUAAAAGAUCAGAGUUUGGUAAAGGAAUAUAUUUCUCGAGUGAGUUAGGAGUGAGCCUACCGUACAGCCCUGUGGGUUAUGGUUGGGGAGGUAGCCUUCUCGGAAGUGAAAUAAGUUGUAUAGCUCUCUGCGAGCUUAUCAAUCAUCCUGAUAUAAAGAGAGGAGAUUCGAGAGAUAACGCACAAAAUACACUGAGCGAUUCAAUUAGUGGAAGAAUACCAGACAAGUACUUUGUAGUGACAAAUAGUGAUUUAGUGAGGAUACGCUAUUUGCUUGUUUAUACUCAAGAUCUCCACACAACCAAUACUACCGAUAAUACGGGAUUACUGGCAUGGUUCAAGCAACACAAAUUACUGACGUUUGUGCUCGGCUACGUUGUGCUAUUAGCCUCGGUUGGACUAACGCAAAACAAACAAGUAGAGAAAUAUUAUAGGCUAUUCAUUCAGAAAGCAGGAUUCGAAUGAAAGAAGAAUAAACAUGCAAAUUUAUGCAAUUUUAAACACUACUGUAAUAAAUUGGAGUCUUCACAUUAAAAAAAGUUAUAAAUGCCAUACAUUAGGCUCCAUGUGCCAAGAUUACAAGUAUCACAAAGUUGCAAAUGCUUUAAAAAAUAAUAUAAGUGGAUUUUUUUAAACAGCAUUUAUGUGAUUUAUAUAUUUGGCAUUUACAGCCUUUUUAUCUCAAGUCUUCAGUUAACUCGUCCAUCAAUGUGCGAAAAACAUUAUCUUUUAUAUAAAUUUUUUAAAUACAUGUAACAACUGAAUAAAUAUUUUAUAUGAUAAAAA